AUGGCCACCGACAACGACGCUGCCGCCGCGACCUCCCUCCCCCCCCCGCCGCAAAACACCACAGGCAGCAAAACCAUGGGCAGCGGCAACAACGGCGGCGGCAACAACCCCAUCGUGCACUGCCAAUGCGGCGCCAUCUCCUUCCCCGUGUCCCGCCCGCAGCCCCUCGCCCUGUACUUCUGCCACUGCACCGAGUGCCGCCGGCAGUCGUCCUCGGCCUUUGGCGCCUCGGCCAUCUACCCGGCGGCGGGCAUGUGGCCGCUCCCGGCGGCGCAGGCGGCGCGUCUGGGCGUGUGGACGCGCACGUCGGACAGCGGCACGACGCUCGAGUGCUACUUCUGCAAGCGGUGCGGCGUGCGCAUCCUGCACCGCCCGCUGCGCGCCGACGGCUCGCCAAAGCCCAACGUCACGGUCAAGGCUGGUUGCGUGAAGGGCCUGCGGCUCGAGGGCGCGACACAUAUCUGGGCCAAGUCGGCGGUCGUGGAGGUGCCGGACGGUGCGGCGUGGGAGGAGCCUGAUGAGGAUGUUGAUGAGGAGAGGGAGUAG